UUUCCAGGCGUGGAGGGCCAUACUCCCUAACUCCAGACACUGGCAGUGUGGGAGUUUGGGGAGAGGUGUCCCACACCAGAUGCUGAGCCCUGCAGGUGACUGGCCCAAGAGUAGCAGGGGCCCGUGACGGCCACCCCAACGUCCGAAGCCAUGGCCAGUGGGGAAGACGAGCCGAGGAACUGUGCGGUGUGCGGGGACCGAGCCACAGGUUACCACUUCCGUGCCCUGACUUGUGAGGGCUGCAAGGGUUUCUUCAGACGAACCGUCACCAAAAGCACUGGUCUCACCUGCCCCUUUGCUGGACGCUGUGAGGUCAACAAGAUCCAGAGACGUCACUGCCCAGCCUGCAGGUUGCAGAAGUGCCUGGAUGCUGGCAUGAAGAAGGACAUGAUCCUGUCGGCAGAGGCCUUGGCGCUGCGGCGAGCAAAGCAGGCCCAGCGGCGCGUGCAGCGAGCACCCAGCCAGCUGAGCCACAAGCAGAAAGAGCUGGUCCGGACUCUCCUGGGGGCCCACACCCGCCACGUGGGCACCAUGUUUGACCAGUUUGUGCAGUUCAGGCCUCCCGCUCAUCUGUUCGCCCGCCACCAGCGUUUGCCCGUCUCGGUCCCCGUGCCGCCUCUGCUGACACACUUCGCAGAGAUCAACACCUUCAUGGUGCAGCAAAUCAUCAAGUUCACCAAGGAUCUGCCCCUCUUCCGGUCCCUGCCCAUGGAGGACCAGAUCUCCCUUCUCAAGGGAGCGGCCGUAGAGAUCUGCCAUAUCGCCCUCAACACCACCUUCUGCCUCCAAACACAAAACUUCCUCUGUGGGCCGCUCCACUACGCGAUAGAGGACGGAGCCCACGUGGGCUUCCAGGAACAGUUUUUGGAGCUGCUCUUCCGCUUCCACGGGACCCUGAGACGACUCCAGCUCCAGGAGCCCGAGUAUGUGCUUAUGGCCGCCACGGCCCUCUUCUCUCCCGACAGGCCUGGGGUUACCCGGAGGGAACAGAUUGAUCAUCUGCAAGAGGUGAUGGCCCUGACCCUGCAGAGCUACAUCGAAGGCCAGCAGCCAAGGCCUGGGAGUCGCCCCUCCCCUACCCCCACCUGUUUCCAGGCCACCUUCCCCACUGUCACCACCAUGAAGCUGCUGGCAAUGGCUGUGCUACUCCUCACCAUCUGUAGCCUUGAAGGGGCUUUGGUGAGGAGACAGGCGGAGGAGCGGAGUCUACAGAGACUGGUCUCUCAGUACUUCCAGACGGUGACUGAUUAUGGCAAGGACCUGGUGGAGAAGGCCAAGGGCCCAGAGCUUCAGGCCCAGGCAAAGGCUUACUUCGAGAAGACCCAGGAGCAGUUAACUCCCCUGGUCAAAAAGGCUGGAACUGACCUGAUUAACUUCUUGAACAACUUCAUGGACCUCAAAACACAGCCUACCACCCAGUGAGGUGUCCAGACCACUGUCCUCCACCCCCAGCUGGGCCCUGGAACUCCCACUGGCCGGGCCUAGAGCCCUCUCCCAACCCGCCCCUUAUUUUCUACAAUAAAUAUUGAAGGGGUCA